AUGAGUCCAACAAGUACACUUCAAAUGUAGGAGUCCAGUUUCGGCAGCAGUUGACUAGGCCAGCUUGGGAAGGUCGUGGUAAUCAUUCCGCUCCACAUUUUCCUGUAACUGCUUCCAUGUUGUGUGUCUCAGGGAGGGUGUGGUCAAUUCUGUUUGCUGAGCUUUAAGGCUCAGGCUGCUCUGGACACAGACCUGACAGAGAAAAGAGAUGACAGAGAAAGGAGCUGCUCCCUGAGAGAUGCUGUGGCAGAAGAACAUACCAUAGAUGCUGCUAGGAAAACGUUGUUGAUUUGUGACUAAGGAAUGUUGCCUGACGACCCACCUGCUGCUUGAUGUCUACAUCGUGACAUCUUGGAAGAGGUGUCUCAUUCUCGAACCCACUUACAGUCUGGGCACAGUGGUUUCACAUUCUCAGUAAGAGAAAUGGUUUGCUGGAUUGUGAUCCCUUUCACACUUUCAGCCAUAUCACUCGUAGGCUCGUGGACAGUGUAUGGACUUGCAGUCAGCUACAAGCACGUAUGCCCACUCAGCAACUGGAAAUACACAGAUGUCUGUCACCCAAAUGCAUCAGAACAGUGCUGCACUGAUGGAAAUAUGCCAAUGAUUAGCUCAUGUGGGAAAAACCCACCAGAAAAUUCCUUGUUCACUGCUACUUUCAACGCAGCAGCUGUUUUGUUUCUCAUAUUCUGCAUCUGCCAACAUGCUCAUAUUUUGGAUAAGAACAGUAACUAUGCCUUACUCAGCAAAGCAAACCUGGCCAUUGGAUGUUUGGCUGCAUUUGGAGCUUUUGUCACCGGAAAUUGCAAUCCUGUUCACGUGCGAUGGCUUCACUACCUGGGAGCAGCACUGGGCUUUGUAUGCCUCUGCUUUUACACUUUGAUACUGACAAUCCUGACAAGCAAGUGCUUCAUCACUGGGCUGGAGCGCUUCCUUGCUCCCUUACGGAUUAUUUUAACUGUCGUUCAGGCUUUGUCGACCAUCUUCUAUGUGGUCUUCUUUGUACAGCCUGAAUACAAUUAUAAGCACAUGUCUGCCAUUUGCGAAUGGACUCUCAGCACCAAUAUCCAGCUGUUCGAGCUGACUUACGUUGCUGAAUUUUACUAUUUCUCCUCCUCCAUGCUGUCUGUUUUAAUACACAAAAGAGAUGAGGAGAAAUCAUUGAUUUUGUCCUGAUGCUCAGGUUAACUGUGAUUAAUAAUUGGUAAUAAUUAUUGGUGAGUGUCAAUAGUACCUCACUCUCCCAUUUGACACUGUUUAAUUUUUGUUGUUCUUUUUUCCUCCAAAUGCAUCCUUGUAGUACCACAGUGUAAAGGGUUUCUGCAAUGAGUACUGCUGUGUUGUUACACCACAUACAGUAUAUAUGAUAAAGUUUUCUUGAAUCAAAUAUACUGUAACUCUACCUCAUUAGAAAAGCAACAGACUUAGUACAAUCUAUUAUUCUGUUUUCUGUAGAAAAACUAUCACAGUUAAUAGCCUGGACAUGUACUGGAAGUGUAACCAGCUUUGAAAUUCAUUUAUAUGUUGCAAUAUUUUUUAUCUUCAAAGCAAAACACUGGGAGCUUUGGAAAUUGAAUUGUUCAAUUGUCUUCUGGGCUUGCUGUGCCCUUAUAAAUAACUGUAUCCUUCUGUCAUUGGGUAAUGUUUGAAUUUACCAGGUCCUGUUCACAGUAUGUCUGAAACUCAACUGUAAACUCAUAUAAAUGGUAGAAUAACAAAAUGACUGAAUUAAGCGAUGUAAUUUUUUUAAUUCAAACACUGUACAUCAAUGCAAGUGUCCAUAAACCCAAAGUUAUUAAAAUGUGAUUUCUGCAAUGAUGUCAUAUAUGGAUCUGAAUAAAACUGUCUGGCCUAA